UGUUUUGUGAGUCUGGCGGCGAGAGCGACACGAUUGCGGCUAAAAGAGGAAGCUAACUAGUUACUUAGACUUUGGAGAGUCUCAUUUGAACAUGUCGGGACGCUCAGUUCGCGCGGAGACAAGAAGUCGGGCUAAAGAUGACAUUAAGAAGGUGAUGGCGGCGAUCGAACGGGUCCGGAGAUGGGAGAAAAAGUGGGUGACUGUUGGAGACACGUCUCUGAGGAUAUUCAAAUGGGUUCCCGUAGUGGACACUAAGGAGAAGGAGAAGAGUAAAGUUCCGGCUGCUUCUGAGGUUAAGAUAAACACUUUCUCUUCAGAGGAAACAACUGAAAGCUCCUGCACAGCUCUGCUGGAUUACCAAGAUGAGAACAGCAGUCACAGCUCUCUCUCAGACUCGUUCCAGAGUAAAGUGAUCCCCGCAGACAGCAGCACGAACUCCAGUCCUCAGCGCAGUGAGCCUGUCAGCCCCGCCACACAUACACACACUCUCACACUCUCACACACACUCUCACACACUCACGAGUACCGCCCCGACGAGCCACCACCACCCACACUCGGCCAGGAGUGUAUGGAGGAGGCGUCGCUGCAGUGUGAGAUGGCUGAUGAACCGCCAACGCUGAUUAAAGAAGAUAUUUUACCUGUUACAGCUCAGGAAGUGGAAGAGGAGAACUCUGGAGCUCCGCCUCUUAAAAGAGUGUGUACUGAGCAAACGUCUGUUAUCCAGUCUACUCUGACCAGUUAACACACGUGCACGCACACACACACACACACACACACACACACACACACACACACAAAGUUGAUACUGUAUAAUCAGUAUGAUGAGUCAUUCCUAUUCUGGGAGCAGCAGCAGCAGUAAUUGAGGUUUGUAGCAGGUGUGAAUGCUGUUUUGCAGAUGUUACACUGCUGCAGGGCAUUGUGGGUAAAACAGCUAGCUAGCUAGUGAGUGAAUCAGGACUGAGCGAAGCAGUAACAUUCUGCUGCAGUGGAGCUUAAUGUCAUUUAUUACUGUACGACAACACACACACACACGCACACCACGGUGAAAUCGCCUCACAGCGUUCCUUAAACUAGCUGCUUUUCACCAGACGCUGAAGUUUCUCCACAUCUCCUUCAGUCCUGCUACACAUCACAAAUCCAGCCAGAUUGUUUAUUUUAUUUUAUUUUAUUUUAUUUUUCUUCUCUUUGAAAUUUCCUGCUAGUUCACUAGUUUAGGUUAUCAGUCUGUUACAGUGAAACGCGAAUACGCCUAAAUUAUAAAUCUAUAUAUAAUUCAUUUACAGAACCUAUUCAUCCAUGUAGAUUAUGUUCCUGAGAGUUUUAUCUUUUGAGAAAAAAAGUCAAUCCAUAAUAACAGUGCGAUCGUUUACACACUCAUAUUGUUGUGUAAAAUCAGAUUUCCUCUCUGUACACUCGUGACUAAUGGAAUGGAAUCAUUUCUUUCGGUUUCUUGCUUGUGUUUUGUUGUCUGACGUCUGAUGCCAUCUUAAUGUCUAGAAUUCUUCAUGAUCAGGAUUAUAAGAAUGAACCGGGUUUUUGUUUUUUUUAUUUUGAAGUGAUGUUUUGAUGAUGAUGAUGAUGAUGAUGAUGAUGAUGAUGCUUACUGUACACUGGUUAAGUGGCACAUUGAUGUUGAAUUCAUAUUAUUAUUUAAUAAAAUUAUUACAAUUGUCACUAAAUUA